AUGGGGAGGGGGAGAGGGAGAGGGAGAGGCCUCCUGCCUCCGCCGGCGCCUCCACCUCAGGCUCAGAUUGGGGCUGACAUCCAAAGGAGGAUUGAUAGGCAAAAUCAAAACCGGAACCAAAGGGCUAUUGACAGGGUGGCGAAGCGUGUGCAGCCUCAGCCUGAGCAGCACAAUGAGGAGCAGCACAAUGUGGAGGCUGAGCCUCCGCCUGAGCAGCACAAUGAGGAGGGUGGGCCUCAGCCCGAGGAUGAGCAGCACAAUGAGGAGGAGGAGCCUCAGAAUUUGUUGCUGGAUAAUGUGGAUAAUGAGAAUUUGGGGCCUCAUGAUCUGUCGCCUGAGAAUUUGGGGCCUCAGAAUUUGUUGACUGCGGGGGAUGGGGAGAGGGAGGAGCAGGCUGUGGAUAAUGUGGAUAAUGAGAAUUUGGGGCCUCAUGAUCUGUCGCCUGAGAAUUUGGGGCCUCAGAAUUUGUUGACUGUGGGGGAUGAGGAUGAGGAUGAUAUGCCGGCUGAUAAUCUGAAUUCGGAGGAUGAUAAUCUGAAUUUAGAGGAUGAUCCGCCUCUUCACAAUGAUAAUCUGAAUUUGGUGGCUGAUCCGCCUAUUCAGCCUGUGGUUAAUCUGAAUUUUGUGGCUGAUCCGCCUAUUCAGCCUGAGCCUGUGGUUAGGGAGCCUCCGCGUGGGGAUAUGCGGGACCAAGGGGCUAAUAGUAAGAGGGCGGUGAAGACGGAUAAGAGAGAGCAGGCUCAGGAUGGGUUCAAUCACUUUAGGCCCAAGGAUGAGAAUGAAGUUAAAGCGUAUUUAUUCAAGCUCGCAUUUAAAAGUCUACGCCUCUGUAAGGCUAUGGAAAUAAUUUUGAAAGAAAUGCCUACUGAAAAUUCUUCCAUAGGCUGGGAGGAUUUUAUCCAUAUGGUUCACAAAUCGCUUGAGGAAAUUUUUGACACCUAUCAGUUGACUAAUCAAGGUGAAAAGGUGGAUUUCAAUGAAUUUUACAAAGAGGAGGUUGCAAAUGACACAAUACAUGAUGAUCUCCAUGAUUUUUUGGGAGCAAAUUUUGGAGGGUUGUUUGAAGUUGUAAUUGAAGAGAAUGGGAGGGUCUACGCAGUGAGCCAGGAUAAAGAGCCUGGUGGUAAGUACCUAGAGUACCCGUGGCUGGUGUGGAAACUUAACCAAUGUCGCAAGGAUGAGGACUAGGUCUCUCCGUUGUUACGAGAGUGACGAGGAGGAUGGAAAACUACGAGAGUGACGGGGAGAAGGGGGACACAAUUAGUGAGUCGAGCUCGGAUUUGUUCGAGCUCGACUUUGGGAUUAAGGAUAGGUUUUGUGAAGAGCUACCGGUGUAUGAAACCACUUAUUUUGAUAAGAAUCGCCGUUUAUUUCGUUAAUGACAGAGUAAUUUGUGUCUAAUCAAUUCUAAUUUUACCAUUGAUAUAUAAAUGUGUAGAUACUAAUAUAAAAAUUGUGAAAUGUAGGUUUUUCUAUUUGGAAUUGAUCACCAAUAUUCUGUUACUUUUUGUAGUUUUUCCAGUUUGUGGAAAUUGAUGAUUGAACUAAGUGUGGAUUUAUUACAAGAAAUUAAGAUUUAUUACAAGCUCGAGUCCGGCAGCCGAAGGCACUGCAUGUCAUAGGUAGGGAACCGUGGACUAUCGAAAAGAAUACAAUAUCAAAUUUAUAAAUUUGACUUUGAAACUUAGCAAUUACAAGACCACUUUAUUUUUUUUAGAAUUGCGGUGUGAUUUUAUCAUUAAAAAGGAUGAUUAGUUCUAAAUUUAUGAAAUGUGAGUAAAUUUUGAUUUUUUAUAAUAAUAAAAUUAGUGAAUAAAUUAAUGCACAAAUUUUGAUUAAGAUGAUUUUAUAACAUUGCAAAUUAGGAUUUCAGCCAAAUCAAAAAAAGUGGCGUAUCAUCAGAAACUAGCAUUUGCAC